CAAUUUUACCCCUUCUUUAAAUUUAGAUUAUGAUUUUCUUUUUUUAUACAAGGCAAAGUUCAACUUGAAAAACACAAAUGAACCAUUUUCAUUCGUCUCACUGCUCUGCACCGUCUUGAUGAGGGAGAACUCAUUGUGUGACUGCUUCACAUGUUUGAGCAGAAUACAUUGCUGCAGAAACCAUAGGAGUUGAGGAGAGAGUGAUGGAUCGCAAUCGAAGUCCACAAGGUGAAACUGCCCAGAUUCUUGUAGAAUUCUUAGAAGUUGCCAUUACGUCAGUUGUGUUCCUCAAAGGAGUUUACCCAAGUGGGGCUUUUGAAAGGCGGCGUUACAUGAAUGUUGUGGUUCAAAGAGCUAGACACCCGGAGCUUCAACAAUAUAUCCAUUCUUCUGUCAAUGGACUUCUUCCUUUCAUACAAAAGGGAUUAGUUGAGAGAGUGGCGGUGAUUUUUUCUGGUAGCAACAAUGUACCUAUCGAGAGAUUUGUUUUCAAGAUAAAUGUAAACCAAUCCUAUGGUUCAAAGUUGGAGGAAGCUGAUCUGGCGUUCUCUCUUAAAUCAUUUUUGAUCAAGCUUCCAUUGUCCCAAUCGUUAAUGAAGGUUCUUCCACCAGAUUGCAGGUGGGAGAUAACAGCUUACUUCCGCUCUCUCCCGCAGAGUGGUACCAGCAAAGAUGCCGAAAUUUGGGUCCCAACAGAUACACAGCAGUGGCAGCAAGCACCUCUUAUAACUCCUAUUAAGUCCAUGAGUAGUGAACCUCUAGGUGUCCAGCUAUAUCUUGAACAUCCAAGUCUCUCUGAACCAAAGGCUUAGAAGGAGGUCAUCUCAGAGGCAUUUGUCAUGGAUCUCUUCCAACAGAAUUAGUAAAGGCGUGCCAAUAUCUUAUCCUGGUGUGGUUCCUGACAUCUUCCCACUUCUCAUACCGUUCUCUUUUCAACCAUCAACUAUUCGAAACUCACUUGCCUGACUAAUCUGGAUACAGCCAAGUUUUCAUAUCCUGCAGUGGAUAUAGUAUAUCAAGGUAGAUUUGGGCAUAUCUGGGGGCAUCAAUUAUGCACAGAGACUCAAAUAAAACAUAGUUAGGUCACCAGAUUAUCUUGUAAAGCUUCAUUUCCUUACAAUUACAUAGAGUAGUAUUUAAGCUGGUUGGCCAUCAUUCUAUUCAAAAAGUACUAUCGAGUGUCAUGCCGCAUGCGUACUCAAUCUAUUUAUUUCAGUAUAUGAAUGAUUUUAAACAUUUAUUAUGUGACUG